UUUGGGCCUUUUUUAGGACUGCUGUCAGCGUCUCCUGGCAAAGAUGAUGGGGAAAUGGCGCCUUUGCUCCUCUCCUUGUUGCCAGAGCCCAUGGGCACAGGCAGAUGGCAUCCUCUGUCUCUCCCAGGGGCUGCUGAGCCGCCAUGGGAAACACCACCAGCGAGCGAGCGUCCGGGGAGCGGCACGGCUCCAAGUCCCACCGCUCGGAUGGCUCCGGCACCCCCCACUCUGCCAAGGAGCACCCCCACAAGAUCAUGGUGGGCAGCACUGAUGACCCCAGUGUCUUCAGCUCACACGACUCCAAGAUUCCUGGGGACAAGGAGUUUGUGUCCUGGCAGCCUGACCUGGAGGAGGCAGUGAAACCAUCCCAACAGGCUCGUCCCACUGUCAUCCGCUGGGCUGAUGGGGGCAAAGAGGUCUUCAUCUCCGGCUCUUUCAACAACUGGAGCACCAAGAUCCCGCUCAUCAAAAGCCACAAUGACUUUGUUGCUAUCCUGGACCUCCCAGAAGGAGAGCACCAGUACAAAUUCUUCGUGGAUGGCCAGUGGGUCCAUGACCCAUCCGAGCCCGUGGUCACCAGCCAGAUGGGGACAAUCAACAACCUGAUCCACGUCAAGAAGUCUGACUUCGAGGUGUUCGACGCGCUGAAGGUGGACUCCCUGGAGAGCUCAGAGACCUCAGGUCGGGACUUAUCCAGCUCCCCCCCCGGGCCUUACGGCCAGGAGAUGUACGUGUAUCGGCCCGAAGAGCGCUUCAAGUCCCCUCCCAUCCUCCCCCCUCACCUCCUGCAGGUCAUCCUGAACAAGGACACCAAUAUCUCGGUGGGUGACGGCAUGCAGCACACACGCAGUGCCACACUGGUGGGAAGGGGAGUCCUGGCUGCAGGGAGCCCCUUGGCUGGGGCCUGGCUCUUGGCUUUUCCCAUUAACCACACUGGCUUAGCCCCUUGCUCUGCCUGGUGCUCAGCUGAGCUCUGUUCCUGUUCAGAACAGCCAGAGACACCAGCAGCUCAGACUGCCUGAGCUGGCAGCUGCCUGUGCUGCCAGGGCUGGUGGGAUCAGGG